AUGCAGAACUUGUGCUCUAAAGAAGAAAAGAUAUCAGAGGUAAUAGUUAUACCACAGCCAGAUGCUGAGCCUGAGAGGCGCUUCACUUUGCAUGAUAUACCUGAUCCUGUAAUGGGUCAGUCCAUAAAUGGAACAUCUACUACCCAGGACUUAUCUGGAUUCACUAAAGUGGAUAUUUUUUCAAUAACGAAGGACAAAAAAUCUCAAUCACAUAAAAAGAGGAAAGUGGAGAAUAUUGUACAGGAUGCAUUUGAUUUUACAGCUACUUUGGAGAUUUCGAAUGAUCAGAAUAAUAUAUUGGAGAAGCAAGCAAAACUCUUGGUUUCAGCAACACAGGCUGAGGAUGACUUUGACAAAAUGAUCAUAGAAGCUUUCGAGGAAGAAGAGGCUAGGAUAGAGAAAGAAAGACAGAACAAGGCGACAUUAAAUAUAGUAACUCCAGCUAAG